UAGAAAAAGAAAUUGAGACAGGUAAAUAGAAUGAAUAUCGUCAUUCAGGUAUCAUUCGUAUUAUGGUGAUUCCAAGAGGAAUGGAAGAAUUCUUUUUCACUCCGUUCAUAAUCGUGCAAAAGUUAUUAUCGAUGACUGGUAUUUGGCCUUAUCUAACACCUUCUCAAAGAUUUUGUCGUUAUAAACUUUCUAUCGGCACAAUUCAGAAUUAAAUCGUCCGUCCUUCAUAUGGCUUAUAUAUUUACAACGAUAUCUAUAAGUGUCGUUUACUAUUGCUGCCUUCUUCAAAAAAAUCUGAUAUUACGCUAUUUAGAAGAUAUUAUGAACGAUUGGAAUAAUAUAAGAAAAAUAAAACAAUUUGACGUUCUACUUGAUUAUGCGUUUUUAUAUAGAAAAUGCAUUUUCAUGUUUAUAAUUUCUUACAAUUCCUACGUCUCGUUGAUGUUCCUAUUAGCAUUGAAACCAUUUCUUUUGGAUUUGAUGAAACCAUUGAACGAAACUAGACCGCGUACUUUAAUAAUACCGAUGAAUUGGUACAACGGACAAGAAGCACAUUUCUUAAAGAUACUAAUUUUCCAAUUAGUUAUAAGCAUUAUAUUGGGAUUGGGUGUGAUAAGUGGAUUAUCAUUGUAUAUACUAUUUCUACAACAUACUUGUGCCAUGUUUCAUAUAACUUCAUCUCUCUUGGAUAAUAUAUUGGACGUUAAAGAGAAAAACAUAAAAGUGAUUGACGAUAGAAUCAUUUACAAAAGGAUAAUCAACGUAAUUAAAUUUCACAAGAGAUCGAUUCAAUGUAUAGAUCUAUUUAAUAAUAUCUUUAACGUGGCUUCCUUUAUCCAAAUGAUAUGCGUGAUAUGUUUCAUUGGAAUUGCAGUAAUUUCUAUAUUCGAUGAAUACAAAAGCUCAAGUGACAUUAGUUCGUUGGGAUUGUCAAUAUUAUACGUUAUCUUUCAUUUGAUUUGGGUCUUUGUCGUCUUUCACAUAGGACAACAUUUGCAGAACAUAAGCGAGGCAGCAUUUUAUAAAGCCUAUGAAACUCCGUGGUAUUUGUUUUCACACCAAUCGCAACGAUUAAUAACCUUCAUGAUCGCGCAAUCAUAUAAACCAAUUUAUUUAUCUAUUGGUAAAAUGUUUAUGGCAUCACAUGAACAUUUUGCUUGGAUCAUCCGAUCAUCAAUUUCUUACGCGAUGGCAUUAUAUUCCUUACGUUGAUGAGAUAAAAUUAAUUUCGAAUUCGUAAAUUAUAC